AUGUGUGAGCUGAACAAGUUUACAGCGGAGAGACGGGAAGAGGCGGGCUCAGACGGAGAGGAUCUCAACCCGUCCAACAGUGCUCUACAGGGGCUGACUGUCACACAGCUGCGCACAGAGGAACUGGACGGCAGCCUGAAGGUGGUCUACCCCUCCAAAACAGACCUUGGCUCAUGCCCUGUUGGCCUGGUCCAUCCAACAGAAUCUCCAGCACUAGAGUUGGUGCUAAAGUCAGAGAUGAUUUCAGGAGAAAGGUGCUGGUCCCGGGGCUCUGACGCUCCUCAGACUCGCAGCGAGAUGGUGGCGGCUGGUUACUGA